GUGAUUCAUUUUUCUACUUGAUUUGUCCACAUCUAUAUAAAUACUUUUAAUUCAUGACCAUUGUAUUUAGAUCUGAAAACAAAAUUUUCAUCGACUUCUUACUUUACUAAAGUUCCCGAUUGAUCUUCAUCUUCAACACCAUCUCAAUCAAUCCAAUCCAAUCCAAUCCAAUCUUCUGCAAUGGAAGCAACUUCAGAAAUUGUCAAGCCCCAUAUCAUUAUGCUCCCAAGUCCAGGUAUGGGUCAUCUUAUCCCAUUCAUUGAGUUAGCUAAACGGCUAGUUCUUAAUCAUGGCUUCUCAGUCACAUUCACUAUUCCAGCUGAAACUCAAACUGGGUCUCCUUCUAAAUCUCAAGAAUCUGUUCUUCAUUCCCUUCCUAGUUCUAUCAACUUCAUAAUUUUACCUCCUCUUGAUUUGAGUGAUUUAUCACCUGAUGUUAAGCCCGAAACUAUCGUUUCGGUAAUGGUGAAUCGUUCGCUUCCAUCUCUUUCUGACUCGUUUAAGCUCAUCACUUCAACUCACCGAGUUGUUGCCUUUGUCGUUGACCUUUUUGGUGCUGAAGCUUUUGAUGUUGCUACAGAGUUCAAUGUCAAACCAUACAUUUUCUUUCCUUCAACAGCUAUGCUUUUGUCUUUGUUUUUCCAAUUGCCUAAAUUGGAUCAAGAUUACACUUGUGAGUACAGAGAUGUGCCUGAACCGAUUCGACUUCCGGGGUGUGUGCCCAUCCGUGGGAUCGAUCUUCUUGAACCGUUGCAAGAUAAGAAAAACGAGGGUUACACAUGGGUUUUACACCAUGCCAAAAGGUAUAAAUCUGCUGCAGGUGUCUUGGUAAACACCUUUGAAGGUUUGGAAACGGGUACCAUUAAAGCUCUGAAGGAGAAAGAAUUUGGUAACCCGCCAAUUUACCCGGUUGGACCACUUAUCCGGACAGGUGGGAAUGACAAUGUGUCUGAUGAGUCGGGCUCUUUGAAGUGGUUGGAUGAUCAACCACUUGGCUCCGUUCUAUUCGUCUCUUUUGGAAGUGUCGGUGCCCUUUCCAGCCAGCAACUGACUGAAUUAGCUCUAGGCCUAGAAAUGAGUGAACAAAGAUUUUUGUUGGUUGCAAGGAUUCCCAGUGACAAUGGAAUGGUCUUCCAUUCCCAAGGUACUGCUGAUCCUUUUGAUUUCUUACCAGAGGGGUUUUUAGAAAGAACCAAAAAUCUGGGUUUGGUUGUUCCUUCAUGGGCUCCACAAGUUCAGGUCCUUAGCCACAAGUCGACGGGCGGCUUCUUAACGCAUUGCGGGUGGAAUUCGACCCUUGAAAGUGUAGUACACGGCAUCCCUCUAAUUGCAUGGCCGCUUUUUGCAGAGCAAAAAAUGAAUGCUGUAAUGCUUGAAGAUUUGAAGGUUGCACUGAGGCCAAAGGCAGACGGACGAGGAAUUAUCAGGCGUGAUGAAAUUUCAAGAGUUGUCAAGGGGCUUAUGGUAGGAGAAGAAGGAAAGAAUAUUAAGAGUAGGAUGACAAAACUUCAAGCUGCUGCAUCAAAUGUGUUGGAAGAAAAUGGGUCUUCAACUAAAUCACUUGAUGAAUGGGCAAAUAUGUGGAAAAUUUAGAAAACUGUGCUGUUGAAAACAUUUGGAUAUUUUAUAUUUACAUGUUGUGAUUUUGUUCACAUCAAAAAAAAUAAAAAAAAUUGUGAUUUUCUUAAAUAAAAGUGUCUUAUGUGUUUGUGCACACAUUCAAGACAAAUGUGUAUAUUUUAUAGACUUCCACUUUGUUUGUUUGGAUAUGAUUUAAUAUUUGUAUUUUAUUAUUCUUA